GUACAGUGUAAAUUAAAAUGCGGAAAAAUAGUACGCCAAAAAAAUCGUUAAAAGAACAACACAUUGUGAACGUUAAGCAGAACAAAACACAUUUAAAAGAAAAGGUCCAAGAGGGCCUUUUCUUGUUCGCAUGCUUUUUCUCCAGUAACAUCGUCCAGCUAGAACGCACAGCGGCACUAGAAACCCAAAUCCAGAAGCAGACAGAAGAGACCACAACCCUAACCUUGCUCGCCACUUCAAGGUUGUCGACGAAGCCCUCCCGGUGCUUGGUAAAAGCUGAGAUCAUCAACAACAAGUUCCAGGCUCUUCCGGGACGCCGGAAAGAGGCCUGCUGAAGCUAUCUUCGUCGUUGAAAACAACCCUAUCAACUUUCGAUGGAAUUCCGUCGA